AUGUCGGCAGAAAGUCCUGGCCAGAGGAAUGGCUUCAAGUCAUUCCUCUCCAAUGCAUUGCGUCCUAAGAAAUCUCGCCAAACCCUCCGCAAAGGGAGCAAAUCGACCACAGACCUGCGGCUGGCCGCGCGCUCCAGUGUCGAAGAAGCCCCUCCAAUGCCAGAGAUAGCUCCAUUGCAUGCGCAUAGACUCAAAUACAAGGAAUUGCACGCGGCAGUAGACUCACAAUUGGGUGAGCGAAGGGACUACACAGAAAUCAUCCAUUCGCUUGGCACACUCGACGUCGACGAUCCCAGCGCCGCAGGAAACGAGACCAAUGAACAUCGACCCCCAGGCGAGGGCGACAUAGCAAGUCUCUCACGAAAGCUAUGGGCGGAAAUAGCAGAGUACCUGAAUCCCGCCGAAGCAGCAAGCCUAGCAAUCACCACCAUCACAUUAUACCGAAGACUAGGCCCAAGAUACCUCAUGGCACUAAACCAUCCAGACAACCACACCCACAAAAUCAACUUCCUCUCCGGCCUCGACAUCACCCUCCCACACCACCUCCUCUGUUUCCCCUGCGCCCAAUACCACAGACGCACACAAGAAGGAAACGAACGCAUCCGUCCAAGCCACGUCCUAAACCCGCUCUUCAACUGCCGAAACUCAACAAACGCUCUAAAACCCCCGCCCCGCCACCGAAUAACCCACGGCCGCAAUCUCCCUUUCACAUUCGUGCAACUAGCCAUGCGCGCUCACCGCUUCGGUCCCAGCUACGGGCUGGCCCCAGACGCCCUCGGCCGACGCUGGCAGCGCGAUAACUGGUCACAUACAUCACGCUUCCACGUCCACGAAGGACGGCUCCUAAUGCGCGUCACCAGUCAAACCUUCGCGGCGCCGGCUCUCACGCCGUCUGCGCAGCGUAUGCUGCUGUACUCACGUGAUGACUACUGUCCGUACUUUAGCGUAUGCGCACACUGGCGAGACGGUGAGUUGAUGCCGGCAUGCAAGUGUGCGCUGGAGCAUAUCCCGCGACCGCGGAGUAGCAGUGGGUUGCAGGGACUGGAGCAUCGGGUGAAAGACCGAGUUGCGGGACAGGUGUUUGAUCCGAAUGCGCUGACGACGCUGUGUGGGUUUUGUCGGCCGAUGCGAAGGUGUCCUGAAUGUCCAACUGAGUAUUUGAUGGAGGUUAAGCUGAGUGAGGAUCUAGUGGAUCGACGGUUCAAGCAAUCUAUCGUUGUUACACGGUGGAGUGAUCUUGGAGAUGGGACUACACCUGGUGGGAUUGAGUGGGGGGCUAUAAAUGGGAAGAGAGAUGAUUAUGAUUCUUUUGCACACUAUGCUAAACGUGGGAUUGCAAGUAUCUUCGAGGCAGCUUUUACGGCAGACACGCUUCCUGGCCAGCGAGUUGUUUCCCUGAAUCCGAAGAAGAAGAUGCUUGGGGAGGAGGGAAAUCGGUGGUAUUAG